UAUCCCGUCGGCGUUUUCAGUUCCACGGCUCCCCUCUCAACGGCAGGCUGCAGGCAGCCCGCGCGCCUCGCCUCGCUCGUGCCUCCUCCAGCUCCACCGCGCUAGGCAGCUCGGACUCCUCCUCCAUCUCGUCAUCCACCGCGAGAAUCUCCUCUCAUUCUCCUACUCCUCCGCAUCCUCGUCGUCGUGGAGAGGCGAAAACCGGCGGAGGGAGCGUAGCUGACUCGCUGUCGGCACCAGCGAUACGAAAGCGUGGCAUCAAAUUUCAGCAUCGGCGGACCUGGCAGUCCCGAUUUGGGAAGGAAGGCUUGAUGCAGGUUUUCGGCGUUCAGUUGAGCUCAGCAACAUCUCGUUGGCGAGAAUCAUGUCCGCCAUUUGGUGGGUCCUCCGAGUGUACACGACAUACUUGUUUGCUUCUCGGGUCAUCAAGAUGUUCCAGCAAUUUUUGCGAUAUCUCCUCUAUGUCGUGGGGUCAGAGACUAUUAUGCAGAGUACAAUGCUGCGAAGUGCCACAUUCUACUAGAAAUCUAGCUCAUCUUCAGAAGGAGGACAAAUAUUCUUGUGUUGAUAGGUCAACAUCUUAUCUGCACGUACAAACUCUUAGAAAUUUCCCCAUUGAUAAACUUUGUGGAGAGGUGGUCCUGGUGCGACUUGAUUCCGUUCUUCUAUUGAAUCCUCUAGGGUCAUGUAAUUUGUCAUUGAAGAGGACACUGUCAACUAUCAAAUACUUGCACAAAGCAGGAGGGAAAGUGCUUCUAGUUACCAGUUGGGAUCCAGUUCUCCAAUCUGUUAACCCAGUGCUCAAGUCAACUGAAUCUUUUGCAGACUACAUGUCAUCGCUUCUUCAAGUAAAUGUCAUCCCAAUGAAUGGUGUCCCUUGUUUAACAUCAUUUAAGAAGGAAGAGUUGGCGCAGAAUGAUAUUAUCUUGUUUGAAAAUCUUUUGAACUUCAGGGGAGAAAAUGCAAACUGCAAUGAUUUUUCUCAGAAGCUAGCUUCAGGUGUUGGAAUCUUUGUCAAUGAUUCUUUCUCACUGUCUCAUAAGAUUCGUGCGUCAACUGUUGGCAUCACUCGCUUCUGCUACGCAUCUCUGGCUGGUUUCCAUUUUGAGGAGGAGCUUAUGCAAUUGCUGAAGACCACGGACACCACCAGGCGCCCAUACAUUGCAAUAAUUGGAGGCAGUAACUUCUUGAGAAAGACACCUGCACUGCACCUAUUAGCCUCUCAAUGUGAUGGGUUGUUCUUUGUUGGCAAAUUAGCAUUUCAAAUAAUGAAUGGCCUUGGAAUUCCAGUGCCCUCUUGUUUGAUAGAAAGGAAUGCAACAAAGGAAGCUCUACAACUUAUUCAAAUAGCUCAUAAUAGGAAUAUUCCUAUUUAUUAUCCAACAGAUCUCCAGUGCUUGAACAACAGGAAUCAUGAGAAACUGGAAAUAUUUAACUCAGAUGCACUAUUGUCUGGCUUAAUUUCUUUGGGAUGGAGACCAGUUGAUAUAGGGCCAUCAACAUUGGAGAAAAUUUCUUCUUUAAUGCCAUCAUACAAGAAGAUCCUAUGGAUUGGUCCUACAAGUUAUGACUUAACAAAAGAAAUUUCUGUUGGGGAAGCACAGUUGGGUCAAAUACUGGAUAAAGCAAGUCAAAAUAGCUGUGAUGUUAUUUUAGUCGGGAGUGCAGCAUGCAAGGCAGUAAAAGGAAUAUCAGAUUUCUCAUCACAAUAUUCAGCAUUUGAAAAUGGAUCUAUCGUAUGGGAAUUCCUCAAAGGAAGAAUAUUGCCUGGUAUUGCAGCACUGGAUAAAAGUUACCCCUAUCAGAUUCCAUGGACUGAUGUCUUCUCUGACCCUGAGCAUCCAUUGUUCGUUGAUAUAGGAAGCGGAAAUGGUUUGUUUCUCUUUCAAAUGUCUAGAAACUGGGAAGGUUCCAAUUUUCUUGGACUUGAGAUGAAUGAAAAGCUUGUUACAAGGUGCCUUCAGGACUUAGCAUCAGCUGAGAAAAGGAACCUACAUUUUGUAUCGACAAAUGCAACUUCAACAUUUCGCUCAAUUAUUUCAAGUUAUCCUGGAGAGUUGACUAUGGUCACAAUUCAGUGCCCGAAUCCUGACUUCAACAAAGAGCAAAAUAGGUGGAGAAUGGUACGAAGAAUGCUUGUCGAGGCUGUUGCUGAUCUUCUACAGAUCAACGGGAAGAUAUUUUUGCAGUCUGAUGUGGAGUCCGUCCUGCUGGGAAUGAAAGAGCAGUUCAUCUCACAUGGCAAAGGCCGGCUAGUGGUGGACCGUGAUGACGGCGGCCAUGGUCGGAUGGAGAACCCCUUUGGCGUGGCGUCCGACUGGGAGGGUCAUGUGCUUGCUCGCGGGGAUCCAAUGUACAGAACUAUGCUACGCAAAGUGUGAAAACUGGAAGGAAGGUCCAGGAGGCGCAGCUGAGAUUUCAGAGCGAUAGUGAACUCAUUGUUGCCAAACUGCUUUCGUGUAAAGGAAAAUCAUUCAACACCAAUUUUUACAAAUUGACAACCUGCGAGUGAACCCG